AAUGGAUUGUUGUUCAGUACAUCUAUGCGAAAAAAAUGAGCUAAAAUAUGUGAACCAAAUUAGAAGAGAUAUGAAACAACAAGAAAAACGUCGUGAUAAGGAAGAAAAGCAGUUCCAAAAAGAAUUGAAAAAACUACAAAACAAACGAAAGAGGCAAUUAUCUGCUCUCAAGAAAGCCGUUAAUAAAUGGGAUCCAAAGGACAGGAGGAAAUUUCGUGUUUUCCGUACUCCAUCGAAAGUUAUAGUUGCGAGGAAAUGGUAGAGAAGACUGCUGUUGUAGUGAUUGUAUCAAAUGGAAACCACUUCCUAAGUGCAGGCAACCGCGUAAACUGUCUUGCUCAAAAGAUAAACAGCGGAGAUGCUGCAAAUGCCGCCAAAGAAGAAGAAGAAAGCUCAAAAGAUGGAGGAGGAGGCGGUGUCAUCAACCGCGGAACAUGUGCUUUCGAUGUUUUAUCUGCACUAUUUUAUUUGGGACAGUCGUGGCAUGUAUAUUGACUUUCAUUCCGAUAUUUACUGCAACCCAGUGAUGAGUAAAACAAGUGCACAUUUGAUUUCAUUCUGUAAUUUUUGUGACGCCAAUAAUAAAAUUGACUAAGAUA